ACUCUUAAAGCACCACAGUUAGCGUAUUAGCACUAUCUAUCAUGAACACGGAAGAAAACGACACGGAGGCAUGGAUUCGAAUGAUAACAUCUAAGCCAAACCAGAGUUGUACACUUGGUGGCGUUGGAGUGACCAUGGCUAACAGCGACGCUUAUAACAAUGCACCCGGCGCAUUGAUGCCUGGGCACAAUCAGCUUGUUGCAAUCAACGAAAGUAGCGAUACAGUUUUCAACGGUGAAGGCCACAGACGCAAGAUCAGAAGAAACUCACUUCCUUCUAAUAGCGUUCAAUUUAGUCCGUACUGGAACGCUGGACGCUCACAUCAGCCACUUCAGAAUUUUAUGCAUGUACAAGCAGACGAUACAUUCGAUAGGAGCAUAGAUGCGAACAAUGAACUUGUGCAGCGUACGCGUUCAGGUACUAUUCAGUCCUCGGAAUCAUACAGCUACUUCAAUACUUUGAACCAUCCCCCUGAAUCACAAGCACUAUCAAAAGGAGGUGCUCACCGGCAAUCGACAGGCCAACUUGCCAGCAACGGUAGAGCACCUGUACGGCAACAGUUCAGUGACUCGCAGCACUUGCACCAGCAACUUAGUGACUUCAAGAACAAUCGCCACAUACUAGGCAUGAAUAACGAAAACUAUUUAUGUUCGUAUGUGGGUGAUAAUACUUUGAUCGGCGGUGAUAUGGAUUACUAUAGUAAUCUGCAGUCAUACAAUUCGCAAAGAAAUGGCUUCGUUGUGAACAGUGGUGGGUUUGAGCAACAAAAUCAAAAUGAGCUUAGCAAGCUGUUGAACUCGAUGCCAUAUGCGAACGGGAUGGACAGUAGAGCAGGCCUUUCACCCCAGAUAUUUGGUGCACAACAGCAAAUACUAAACCAUCAGCCACCAAUGCCACAGGUUCCUGUACCACAGGUGGCUGAGAAACAGCCACAUUCUUAUGCUAGUCUCAUCGGAAUGGCGAUUCUGAACUCUAAAGACCUUAGGGUUACCCUUUCAGAGAUAUACACCUGGAUCAACGAAAACUUUCCUUUCUUUAAGAAGGAAAAGAGCGGCAGUUGGCAGUCAAGCGUGCGGCAUAAUCUCACCUUUAAUGAAUCAUUCGUGAAGAAGGUAGUCACGACUGCUGACGGAAAACGCAACUAUUGGACAGUUGACCCAGAGAGUCGCCAUUACUUUAGUGACCAAGGCGAGUACAUUAGGCACCGGGGACGGCGGAACAAAGCGGCGGCUGCAAAAGACAAAUCAGCGAAGGAGAAGACGGCGAAGGAAAAGAAAGUGAAAGCCAAAACUGGUACCAAAGUCGUUGUACUAGAAAAGAAAGCCAAGGGGGUGCAUUUGGACGGAGAUAAAACAGUUUUAAAAUCACAUAUCAUCAAAUCAGUACAUUCGGAGGUUGGAAUUGAUGAAGCUGUUCAGGUUAAAACAAAACAGAGCAGACUGCGGAAAUCAAUGGAACUCUCAUUGCCUUAUUCGGGGCUCUCUUCAUUAGAGGAGCUUAGCACUUCGAAAGGGAAACGCCAUAGGGCGAACCCCGACCCGACUCCUACUGCGGUGGUGCGCACGCAGUCAUUGGGCUCGAUAUCGAACUCUCAGCCCAGCACUGAAUUUUCCGUAUUGCAGGGUAAUGCACGGCUAUCCAUGUUGCAGGGGAAACCGGUGCUACCUACAUUGUACAGUGGUUUACACCUCAAUGACACUGCGCUGACAAGAAUGCCAGGUAACAGAUGCUCUAUGCCACUAACAACGGAAGUGUCACAAUCCGACCGACGAGCCUCCGCACCCGAUGUACAAGAGCAACUUGUUUUUGAUGACAUGGUACAAGAAUUGUCACUUGGGGAAAAGGGGUACGAGAAUAGUUUUCCAAUCACGCCAAACGUGGAAUCCUUCGAUAUAUCAUCAGACACUCAAAGACAAGGUUCGGAUGGACACCAGUCCCAGAUGAAGCCAAUGAAUCCUGGAGAAGAUCCAAACUAUACAUGGCUAUCCACUAUGUCGGCGUCGCAAAAGCAGGAGGUACCCCUACUCAAGUAUGAGCCACUGUCCAUGAACCCCGAAGCGCAAUCAGUCCAUAUGAACACCCCAACAUCGAACUUGAACCCCCGACUAACACCGUCACAGCAAGUAGGUGCCGUGGAGGGCGGGUUGGAACAGCUGUAUCGAGAUGCCAACGGCUUUUUGAAUUCGUUGUGACCGAUUUUUCAAGGGCAUGGUCUCAACCGGCAUAUGAUUAAGCGCUCCUUCGCAAAGCUCGUCCGGAUUGUGUAUCCACCCGGACACCUUCCGUGGCGGUAUGAGGGCGGAGUUGCUCUGCAUAUUUAGUAUGGAGUGGUCCUCUGUACCAAAAUGUGGACAUAUUUAAUUACAUAUCGACGUAUGUGCUUUCAUACAGAUGUAUGUUCAUUAUGCGGACCAGUAGGCGAAGGGUAGUUGUUCGAUAGCUUGCGCAAUCUGAUCGAACCGGUGAUGUAUCAAUCAACCCUAGAAGCAAACAGACCAACACAUAUGCUUGUGUUAUAUCGAACUUGGCUGACUAAAUAUUUCCAUUGUAACACUGGUGGACUCGUGAUAUAGUUCACGACUGAGCAUACUUCUGUAUCAGUAUUUCGAUAGAUAUGUGCCCACUUCGAUGCGAUGCCCAGGUAAACUAAGUCCUGGAAAAUCAAUGCACUGAAAUAAAACAACUCACUCUGAGAUUAGUCAGUGUGUAGAACGUUACAACAUAUUACGUCGACCAACCAGCAAAUAGAGACCGAAAACGUUAAGUGUGAAAUUACCCAGUGCAACUCCACUACUGAGUAGGUCCACCCAAGCAGAAACAUUCUAAGAUUCAGAAGAAACUGGGUAUGUCAAAAUUUUGACUUAUUGAAAGAUCCUAGAAGAUCAAACUUCGAUGAAACCAGCCCAAACCAUGAGCGUGAGGUACAUGUGUACUGCAAAAGAUAAUAAACCAUUGAUGCUGAGGCAGUCGAUAAGAUUGUUGGGCGCAGUACAGUUCAACAGCAAUCGCGAUGAAGCCAGUCUACAAACCGCGACUAGAAGGGCACGGUACUUUGGUUAGAAACCAGAAGAUUUAUAAAAUUUCGAGAUGAGCAUCGUGACCAACCCCAACCUGGCACCUAAUGGCUUCCAACAACAAACGAUUGUAGUAAGACUCGACAAGCCAGAAGAAAGUAGCGUCACUUACGUUAUACAGUGUGUAUGAUGUUGCUUUAAUCCAGAAAAACGUUCACAAUGUACUUCCGACUUCAAUCUUUUGCUGUCUUC